GGCGACCCUGGGGGGCUGAUCAGGGGACUCGUGGAGGAAGCGGCAGCGAGGCUACAGCAAACAGCAGCCGGAGAGGGGCAAGAGGCGGCCUCCAAGCAUGUUCAACUUGAAUCGCGGAUGGCGUGCAUUGCGAAGUUGUCGCCUUGGCUAUGGACAGCAUACGAACUGCAGCAAAGCCACCCAGAAAGACUCUGCCGAAGUGCCCAUUAUUUGUAUUCCACACAAGAUACAGCAGCGCAUUGAAAACGUUCAGAAGCUCAAAACUAACAGGUCACUAAAAGUAUACACAAUGCGAGCCGGAAAGAUGCUGAUCCGUGCCCGGAGGCCAGAAUAUAAUCAGCAUUCCAGCAUCACUCACAGCAAGUUCGCUUUUCCCCGGCUUGCCUCUCAGGGCUGGAAACACAACAAAUCCAUUGGAGAUUUCUUUAUCAUAAACAGAAUGCAAGAGAAUCCAAUGGAACCUAUUGUGGAAAUUGAAGGGGACGGCAAAGAAAUACAAACCAAUGCCAACAGCUUUAGAUCGUUUCGAAUGUCUGCGGAGGUGAUGCAGGCAUUGUCCAGCCAAGGCAUCCAGGCUCCUACUCCAGUACAGAUUCAAACAAUUCCGCUAAUCAUGAAGGGAUCCCAUGUUCUCUGUGCAGCUGCUACAGGCAGUGGCAAAACGCUCUGCUACCUGCUGCCGAUCGUGGAGCAGCUCCGGGACGAGGAGAAGAAGGGUGGCGUGACGACGCAGCUGCGAUGUCCACGCAGCGUGAUCAUUGUUCCCUCCCGUGAGCUCCUCGACCAAGUCAAAGCAGUUGCCAAAAGUCUGACCCAUCAUGCACCUCUGCGUGUUGAGGCCCUUGGCUGUGGACAUAGUAUGAGUCAAGUGCGGCAAUUUCUGGACUCCCACUUGAUUGACGUUCUAAUUACAACACCUGGCACGCUCUGGAGAGUCCUGAAGCAAGACCUGUUGGAUUUCUCUGCCUUGAGACACUUUGUGUUGGACGAAGUGGACACCCUGUUGGACGACAGCUUUAACUCGGAGCUGCAGAGUAUCUUCACACAUAUCAACGUGCGGCAGAAACCCGAUGCAUCUGCAGGCCUACACCCGUGGGACGGGACGCAGCUCAUUUUGAUUGGAGCAACAUUUCCACGCGGCGUUGACGAGCUGCUGGGACAAGUUAUGGAUACCUCCAGCUUCAGAGUGGUGCGCAGCAAUUUCCUGCACUGUGUGCCUCCUCAUGUGGAACAGACGUUCAUGAGGGUAAAUAACGAUGACAAAUUAGCCACUCUGAUAGAUCUGUUAAAGAAGAGAGACGGACACUCGCAGUCUGGUGUCAUCGUCUUCUGUAACAAAGCGACCACGGUCAAUUGGAUCGGAUACAUGCUCGAUGCAAAUCACGUUAAGCACGUCCGCCUGCAGGGAACAAUGCCUUUUGAGAUGCGGGUUGAUAUUCUGAAGAGGUUUCGCGAGAAGGAUGCUGCUGUUUUGGUUUGCACGGACAUCGGAUCGCGGGGCCUGGACACAGUGAGAGUGGAAACGGUAAUAAAUUACGAUUUCCCGACAUGCCUAUCGGAUUACCUGCACCGCGUGGGCCGCGUAGGCCGGGUGGGGAGCCUGGUGAGGGGCUCCGUCGUCAACAUCGUCACUCACCCCUGGGAUGUGGAGUUGGUGCAGAAGAUUGAGAUUGCGGUGCGACGUCACAUGCCACUGCCGGGUAUCAACGCGAAUAUCAAACGCAAGCUCAAGAGCCGACAUGACAUUCACGAGGAAGCACAAAAGGAGAAGGGGGGGGAGGAGGAGGAGGAGGAAGAAUCUUCCGAAUUUAUGCAUUAACAAGUCAGGCAAAAAUGUCAGUUUACCUUCCCCAAUGAAUUCACUUGUUGGUCUUCCUUGCGUAAUAUAAUUAUCCGCUCACAGCUGUUGAAACGUUUGGUUUGUAUCGCCUAUUACCAUCAAGGCACUUUUUAUCUAGAUUGAAAACUCAUUUCUUGAGAACUGCUUUUUUGUUUGGUUGUCCUUCAGCCGCACCUCCGAUUUAGCACAGUUGACUACGUACGGUGCUGAAAAAGUUCAUCGUACAUACAAAGCCACCUUAGAAUCUGCAAACGGUACAAAGACAUUGCAAAUAUCAGAGCAUUUAUAGCUCGGGCUGAGCAGCUAUAUUGGCCUUCUCUGAUCUGACAUUGGUGUGACUAGGCCAUUAAGAAGGCUGUCUCUGGUGUAGGCCAAUCAGUUUCAAAGACGAUAGAAAUAUUAUCACCUGAGGACGUCUGCUUGCGUUGUGGCCGAAACGUCGUGAGAAUUAUUUUAUAAAGUUUUAUUUUUAUUAUUUUAUUAUUUCCAUUCUACGUGACUUUACCGAAAAAACCAAGAAGAUGAAUCCCUGCAGUCACGAAAGCUUUAAAUCGAAACAGAACAUGUUUGUUUGUAUGUAUGUUCACCACAAGUACGUGUGGUUGAUUCCUUGGCGUUUGGACAUAUCUGCAAACAGCACCACACGUCGAGCACCAGCGCCAGCGCCGUCGGGCACUCAUUCAAUUAAUCUUUUGAGUAAAAACUCGCCCCCCGCUAAAGAGAGCAUCGUAAUACUUUACAGUAUAAAUUAAACGAAGGUAGUCUUACCUAUAAAAUCAAGACACAUAAAAAAUAUCAAAAUGAGAGGACAUACUCAAGGAAAAGCUAAAAGGAAAAAAUGAGUCUUGCAGAGUUUCCUCAAUUGUUUGGGACUCAGAGCCAAUCUGAGGGCCGGCGGAAGACGGUUCCAGAUCUUGGGCACCACACUCGAGAAGGCCCCCUACUACGGCCCAGCGUAGAAUGAAACAUUGAUCUGGUCCCAACAAUUUAUAAAGCAACGCAGUCCUCUAUAUACUUCAAUGUUUUCAACCAAUGAAUGACCGUUUACAUGUAUGCAUGUUGAACUUCUUUCACACUGUAUGUCGCCGACCAUUCUAAUCAGAGGUGCGGGGGAAGGACAACAAACUAAACGCAAAAAAGCAGUUCUAAAUAAAUGAGUUUUCUAUAUGUAUAAGUGUAUAGCUUCAGUGGCUUCCGAAUGUCAAGAAGAGCAUUCCAGAUGGCCGCAGAAGCACAUCUGAAAACAUGUGAUGCAGUGACUGGUUUUGAUGGCGAGCUAAAAGCCGCUGCGAGGAUGUUCGCGCGAUGGUUUAUGCUCCUUGACGAGAUCAGAAAGGUUUUGUGGUUCUUGUGUUGUUUGAGCACACAAUUUGUCAAGUUUUGUCGAUGUAAAAAAAUCAAGAGUUUAUCAAGAAAAUGUCACGUGUGUCAUAGUUUAACGUGGUAACUUUGAUAUUUAUUGCAUUGCAUAUUAACAUUGUCAAUGGUUAUACCGCGGUACCCAAUUCUGAUUUGGAAAUUCAGGCACUUGAUUUCCGAAUUUGUUCCUUCGGGUGUUGCGUAACAAUUUUUAAACUCUCAGUAAAGUAAGAAAAUAUUU